AAAAGAGAAAAAUGUAUAGAAAUUCGAUUAUAGCACAUCGCCACGAGCGCAUAUUGAUGUUCGGGUUCGUGUAUCGGAAUAUAAAAGUUUGUGUGUGAACGUGAACAAGACGUCUGCAAUAUGUCUGACUAUUUGGAAAUAUUUUUAGAUUUAGCUUAGUCGUAAAUAAUUAACGGAUCUAUUUAGAGUAAUCGAUGUCAUGGACUAUACAUGACAAAAAAUAUAUUAGAUCGAUAAGGAGACGACGUGCAACGAAGAUAUGUAUUGUUGUGGGUCGAGCGAGAGCCUUAUGUGUGAAUAGUAGAUAUGCGCGUCACGGACAUUGUGCGGCCUGCCUCUGCGGACUAAGUGCGCGUGCUGUGACGACAUUGUAUUGAUACGAACGCAACGUUGCGCUGCGGGGCCGUGUCGCCAUUGCUUUUGUCACCGUGUGAACAGCCCCCGACGGCAACAUGGAUCAGCUCGCGGUGCAGUGUCCCGUAUGCACGCUGUUCCUUCAUAAUGGGAUCACCCUGGAGUCCCAUUUGGAUACACAUCCCAAAGACCAAGUUAUAAAAGCUUUGUGUAGUAUAGCAUCAAACUCUAAAAGCUCCAACUAUGGUAGUAGAACUUCUACACCUGCACAUUCUGAACGAUCUUUCAGAAGCAGGUCACGGACUCCUGCUACAGAUGACAGUGCCAAGUGGACUGCAUCACGGAGCACUGAGCAUGAUCGUUAUUGGCGUAGAACACCAAGCAGAACUUCUAAAUCAACACCACUAUCAAGUACAUCUAGGAAUGGUACACCUGAUAUAAGGAUGCUGGAUAUGGGCUUUGAGAACCAUGGUAUGGCUGGCAGUAGUGUAGGACAACAUGGGAACAAUCCGUUUCUUUUAAAAGCAGACAAACUCCAGCAGCCUUUUCAAUCUCCACCAGUUUCAGACUUUGACCAGCAGUUUGUUUACUAUCCAGAUCAACAAGAAGACAGAGAGAUCAAGUUUUCUCGAAGUGCUGAAUAUAGUGCAAUGGACAAUAGCAACAAUAUAUUUCCUUACAAUGUGCCAACUAUGGCUGCUCCCAAUAUGAAACUUUUACCAACAGCGAGUAGAAAAACAGGUGACCUUGUCAAAAUUCUACCAAAACCUAAUAACAUUCUACUUAAGACCAACAUGGGUGGUGUGCAAUAUAUAGGCCCAGGAGUCAAACCUAUGGUAAUGGUGCCAUCACCACCUACAUUUGUGCAGAAGAAUGUGCAAAACAAUAUGAUCAUGACAGGAGGUGUACCAAACCCACAGUUGCAGAUUGAUACCAAAACAGUUCCACCUCCCCUAGGUAGUAAUCCACUCAACCAAAUGUCUUGUACUGGUGCAUUCACUCCAGGGACUACUGUUGUUACCCAAAACUCACAAAUUAUCUAUAGAGAAAUGGUGCACAAUAUAGAUGGUAAGCCUUUCAUAACUACAAUGCCUACUUUACUUGGAAAUGAGAAUGUGACUAAUUUGUCUCAGGCUACCUCUAUGUACCAGAAUGUGAUGGUUGUAGAUCAGUUUGGAAACACUUCAUGUAUGUACACAACACCUCAACAAAUGAUGAACAAGGCAUGCCCCACUUCCAUGUAUAAUGAGACUGGGGCUAUGAUGCCAAGCAUAUCAAUGGACAAGUCUGUUCAGAAUAUGAAUGAUCCUAAAACACUUAUUAUUGAGGUAGGCCCACUGGUGGCCCCUGCUUCUGACAAUAUUUGUGAGGAUCCUAGUUCUACCAUGUCUCAGCCAGUUGCAAAAAGUCCUGCUGAGAGCACUGACAGGUCAUCAGACAAUCUUGAUCCCAAGUCCGAAAUGUCAGGCAGUACUAAAGGCUUAAAGAUUUUGAGUAACAUCAAAGUUGAAGUUCCUGUACAACAUCACAAGAAUAUGGUAAACACUGUCAUGGAUCUAACUGGUCCUAAUGAGUCUGACUAUCCUGUGGAACGAGUAGAUAGUCCUGAAAAGAUUCUCCCAGAUUUGGAAGAUAACAACCAAAUGUCUUCUGAUGACACCCAGCCUUCAAUGUCUAGUGGAGACAGUAUGGCAUCUCAUACAUUUUCUGUGAUAAAAAAUGUUGGUAACCCAAGUAAAAGUUCUGUAGAUAACAAGUUGGACACAGACUUUUCAGAUAGCUGUCCUGUGCCAGAUUUAAUAUGCAAUGAAAAACCUUCAAUAUCGCCAUGUAGUGAGUUGUCAGAAAAUGGUGAAAAUUCUACAGACAGAACCUCAAUAUCUCCCAAGCCAGGGACUAAUCAAGUUAGCCAUAGUAAUCUAGCUCUUCCAGAAAAGAAGAUUCAACUUCCCCAGAAGCCAUACAGGCACAACACACUAAGACUGAACAAUAUUUUUGUUAAGAAGCACAAGAAAGUUUUGCAAAUUAAGAAUGCCAAGAACUUUCCUGUGAGUCUUUCGAAGAAAACUGAGCAUAGAGACACAGUUGCUUCGUCAUCAUCUGACAGAACCCCUGAAAAAUUUACUAUGAAUAAAAUGCACCAAACUGAAAAGACAGAAUACAAAGAAAAGAGUCACCUGUUGCAAACAAUAUCUGUUGAAGAAAUUAAGGAGGGUGAUGAAAACAAUGACUUUGAUGCUGAUACAGAGGAACAAUCUAUGGAUAUUGAACAAGUGGAAGCUGGUAGUCUAAAUCAGUCUGAGUUUGGUGGCAACAUGGACCUCAUACAGGUGAAAGAGGAAAUAAACUCGAGUAAUGAAGGAGGGUUUAGUAACGAGACGUUGACUCCCUCCGACCGUAUGCUAAAUUCAAUAGACUCAUUGCGACCGAUUAAUGUUAUUAACUACGGCAAUAUGUCCAAUGAGGAUUUUAACGAGGAAGCUAAUGAUCGAGAGUUACUAAAUCUUGAAGGAACAUCAAAGAACAAACAAUUUGUCAAUAUGAUGAACGAAAAUUAUUUUGGGGACAAUAUUUAUGCGGAUUACUUUACUCCAGAUCGCGUCGAAGCGUUUGAUGCCGAGCGCGAGGCGGCGUCGUUUAAGGACGGCGGUAAAGAUGGUAUGUACCUGUGGGGCGAGCCGUCGCAGAAAGACGACGAGUUUGUGCUGCCCAACUUUAUACACGAGAGUUACAAGAUAGCAGAGAGUAACGGGAUAGAUUAUUCCGAGCUAGGUGCUAGAGACGUGCAGGCCGACGUCGAGGUGGACGGCUGCGAGCCGGACAGCAAGGCCGACGUGCUCAGCGAGGGCCGCAGCGACAGCGACGCGCCGCUCAACAUCUGCGCCGACGAGCGCAUGCCGCCGCGCGGCGAGCUCAGCGGACAGGAGAGCAAUGGGGACAUGGAGUCGCCCUGGAGCGGGAUGUAUUCCGAGGUGACGCCCUCGGAGCCGUAUGACCUGAUCGCCAGAGAGAGCUGGGCCUCGGCAUCCGACGGCUCGGACGUGGACGCUAAUGACAAGGAGCCCAUGUUAGUAAUUGACGAGGACGUACCGGCGGCGACGACGUCACCGGCGGCGGUGGGUGCGAGUAGGGCGGCGGGUGAGGGGGCGACGCGCGGAGCGCGAGGCGGGCGCGGGGCGCGGGCUGCGCGGCCCGGUGGCAGCGGGGCGCGGCCGCGGCGCCACCGCUGCGCGACCUGCGGCGUCGGCGCCGCCACGCUCAAGGAGCUGCGCGCCCAUAAGGCGCUGAUGCACGCCGCGCCCCAUGCCGCGCCCGCCUCCUACAGCCGCCUUGUCACUGCCAGGACCAUCAUGAAGGAGGAGAAGCCUGAUGACACUAAUAACCCCCUAACGCCGAUCGACUCUAAAGAAUCAAUAUCGACCUCAAUUCUGCAAGUGUACGAGAAUAUUCAAGUGGAAGAAGCCAAGCCUAAGAUAGAAGUGGACCGUCUCAUCAAACAAGAAGUAAAAAGAAAACGGAAAGACUACGUCUGUCCCACUUGUAAAGUGGACCAAGUUACGGAGACAGCAUUCCACGAACAUCUCAAAAUACAUCCGCUCGAGUGCCUCACGUGUGGGAAAUGUUUCUUCAGGCGAGCGAACCUCGCACUGCAUAUAAAGACACAUUUAGGAAUUAAGAAUUAUAAAUGCGAGGUGUGCGAGAAGCGGUUCCUGACGCGGCAGAAGUUGAUGGAGCACCACAACGUGCACACGGGCCGCGCGCCCAUCAAGUGCACGCUCUGCGACGACACCUUCCGUCGGUACUCCAACAUGGUGCAACACAGGGACCGGCACCACCUGCAGAAGCGCGGCAAGGUGCGCGACUUCGUGUGCCAGUGCGGGCUCGUGCUGCACUCGCGCGCCAAGCUGCGCUGGCACCAGGAGACGCACGCCGAGCGGCCGCGCGCCUGCGACUACUGCAGCGACAAGUUCGUGCACGCCGCCUCCCUCACGCGCCACGUGCGUCGCGCACACAACCAGUACUUCCUCGCAGAGCGCCUGCAGGGCAAGCACGAGAACGUGCAGUGCCCCGUCUGCAAACAGGUGUACCUGAGAUCCAAUCUGCGGACGCACCUGCAGACGCACAGCGGCCAGCGGCCCUUCGUGUGCAUCAUCUGCAACAAGUCGUUCACGACGAAGUGGAACCUGAAGCUGCACCGCUGGACCCACAUGUCCCGGUCGGCCAAGCCGUUCAAGUGCACGCUGUGCAAGGGCGCCUUCAUCCGGCAGUCGGAGUACAUCUCGCACAUGAACGCGCACAAGUCGGUGCGGCCGUACACGUGCAACUACUGCGGCUGCCAGUUCAUCCGCAAGUACAACUGCCAGCGCCACGUCCGCGAGCACGAGAGCGCCAAGAAGUUCGUGUGCAAGGUGGCGGAGUGCGGCAAGUCGUUCCACCGCUCGUACUACCUGGCCGAGCACAUGAAGGUCCACAGCGGCGCGCGCCCCUUCGCCUGCGCCGUCUGCGGCAAGACCUCCAGCAACAAGUCCAACCACAACAAGCACGUCAAGAUCCACCACGCGCGCGAGCCCGUCGCCACCGAGGCCUAGCCCCCGACCUUUCUUAUAACGAUCCACAGCGUCGCGGCUCUCCUCGAGCUGCUUGUAAAUAUCUAGUUCAAUUUGAAUUUAUUGUAAUUGUUGUAAAUACAGGACCAAGCGUGUACAUUUCGGGGAGGACUGGUGUGGCGGAGAGCGUUUCGAGGUGAGGAGUGUGGCGCACCAGACGUUGUAGACCAUUACUUCAGCGUGAGCAGGACUCCUAGAGGACCCACGAAAUGUUUACAGUGCGUGAUCGUACGCCGAGUUUGUUUUUGUGCCUUAUAGACUGAGCAGCGGGGCUCAUAUUGAACACUCCCCUGCUCGACGAUAUAGCGGAACUAUCUCGGACACAGCUGUAGCAGGCGACUUGUGUUACAUGACGUAGCUUUCUCCCGCGCAGGCGGGCUCUGGUUGUGACAUACAUUUAGUGCGCGUGUAUAACGUAUGGUGCGUCAACCUAUGUAAUUAAAUAGUCAAAUUAAUAAAGGGCAUUUCGGUAUAGGUACCCCGCUACACUUAUAUUUUUUUCUACUUACAUAUAUUUAAUUAAUUUCACUAUGCUUCCAUUCUAUAAGCUUUGUGGCUGCAGUUAUGGCUCUCUGCAUCUGACCAAUGCGCCGUUAUUUUUUUAUAACAAUGAAAAGUAGGUUAAAGAUAAUAAUUGUAACAUAUUUUAACCAAUUACUUGAAAUUUAAUCUAGUUGAUAUUGAGUGAUACAUAAGUAUUUAACAACGACUGAAUUACUUUAUAUACCCGUUAGAGGUAGCGCUCAAAAACAGGUAGUUAUUAUUAAUAGUUUGUUUAAAAAUAACAAAGAUAUUGGAGCGCCGUGCCGGUGCAGAGCAGCCAUGGCCGUCAGUCGCGGGCUGUAACAAGUAACUUUAUGAAGAUUUAGUCAAAUGGACAUACCCUAAGGGUGAUACUAAUAACUCAUUGUAAAAGUAUUUUAAACAUUUACGUUAUUUAGAAUAAUUUAUGUAAAUAUCAAUUUAAUUACAUUUAAUUUAUUAUUAUUACUUUUUGUAUUGUUACUACGUAUUAUUCCGUUUUUUUUUACAUAAGGUGUGAGGUGAUUGAUUACAAUGUGUGUUCUGACAGGUAAUCGUGGCCAUUGUAUUCUCAAGUCGCAGUGCGAAAGGGACACUACAUGAAAUGUAGGCUCUCUCUCUCGCACUCGAACUGUGAUAAUAAAUACAAUACUUAUGGUUGUUUUCAAUUUGGAGUUGUUACAAGAUUACGAAAAUUACUAAGAUACAUUUAUUUUGUAUGUAUAUAAACUUGAUACAGCUUUUAGUUGAAAACAGACUGGAUACGGGAAGCACAUGUUACCAAAAUUAAAGCGUUUGAGACGCGUCUAUGACAUUUUUAUUGGAGGGAUUUAUUAUUAAUUAUUUCGUUUCACAAAUAUUUGUAUGUUUACUUCGGUAUCUGCCUAAACAUUAGAAGAGUAGUGCAAUUACAGCAUUUGUUGUUAACUUAUUGUUAUUUAUCAUUGACGAGAUAAACUUAUAGUAACUGCACGGUCGCGUGUAAUCAAAAUUGCAGAGAUAUAAGCAAUAAUGUGAUUUAUAUCAAUAAAUUAUUUAUUUUUUAACAAGGAGUUCCUCUUUGCAGAUUUUGGUUAUACGGGACUGUUGGGGUCCAUUGACAUAGAAGUGUCAAACCAAGGAGGUUUUUAAUCACCUCUAGAGUCCGUGUUUCAUAACAAUUUGUUCUCAAAUGUACUUUAGGUAUAUUUUUCUAUAAUUUGAUAUAUAUUCUGUCAUGAAUCACACCAGCUGUGUUCAUAUUGCUCGGGGCGGUACAAAGCGAGGCUCGACAAUUAA